GCUUGCCGAGGGGAGGGGACACUGUCACGCCCAAGUUCCCGUGUUUGACUCCAACGCGUCCUCGACGUUCUGCGCCCUCCAGCCCGCCAUGGCCACCCUCGUAGCUCACCCCCAGGAUACCCCCCGCGACCCCGCCUCCCUCUCGCCGGAGCAGGACGCCCUCCCGACCAAGAUCAGCGCAUACUACAGCCUCGUCUUCCCCAGUUUCACCUACUAUCUCCAGACCCUCAAUGUCACGAUUGGCCGACGUUGCAUCCCCGCCAACACCGCCUCCUCAUCGGACAGCCCUCAGGUUGACGUUGACCUCGGUCCUUUGAAGAGUGUGUCGCGCCUUCAUGCGAAGAUUGAGUAUGAGGAGGAGGAGGAGCGUUUCGUCCUUAUUGUCAUCGGACGUAACGGGGCUUGGGUAGAUGGUGUCUGGUCGGGCAGUGGAAGUAAGGUCCCACUGAACGAUAGGUCACAGAUCCAAAUCGCCUCUCGGACCUUCCACUUCAUCCUCCCGCCUCCUCCUGCACCUGAGGACUCUCCGUCACCCAGUUCGAAUUCAUCCGACAACCGUGCCCGGUCUCGGUCACCCUCUCUUGACAUUGUCGACGUCACCUCAAUCUCGCCUCCGUCCUCUAUUCCACCAUGUUCACCGCCACCGCCCCCGGCCCCUGUCUCUCCGCUAUUACCUGCUAAGAUACCCCCAUUAUCGGAGGCAUCAUUGCCCAACUCUAAUAGCAUAAGCAAGUUCAAGACGAAUGCGAAGAAACGUAAGAAGUCGGACGCCCUCCCGCCGCCUCCGCCUCCCCCGGAGGUUAUGCCCCCAAAGCCGCCGUUUACGUAUGCCCAGUUGUGCUAUCGGGCCAUCAAGGCGUUGGGCGGAAAGGCGUCUUUGCAGGAGAUCUGUCAGUGGAUACGCGAGACGUUCGAUUGGUACAAGUAUUGUGCUAAAGACUGGGAGAGCUCGGUUCGACAUAACCUCUCCUCGAAUCCUGGAUUCAAGAAGGUACUACGAAGUAAAGAAGAGAAGGGCAAGGGUGCACUCUGGCUGGUGGACGAGGCCUUCGAACAUAGCUUCGAGGAGCAGGAUGCCCGAAGGCAAGCUGCUGCAGCGGCCGCUAGCGCGGGCGGUAAGGACGGCAAACUCUCAAGCAAGAAGUCAAAGAAUGCCGUCCCUUUGGAGCCACUUUUCAAGCGAAGCGUAAAGGGAGACGUUAAGGGCCUUCUCCCGCCGCCACUCACGUCGACACCACUGAUGUUCAAGACGAACUCGACGUUAACACCUCAUGCUUAUCCUCCGACUGCUGCAUCUCUUCAUCCAUCAUCGUCCGCACCUGUUGUCAAGCUCGAACCAUCGCCUGCUCCUCAGAUAAAGACCGAACUGUCACAGACACUGGAGAUACCCACCGCACCCACGACGGUCUUCCAGGUAUCUCCGCAACCGGCGCCAGUACCUGCUCCGACAUCGUCCGUCUCCCCCGCUACGAACCCUCUCUCGUCUUCGGUUGCCACACCGUCACUAUCAAGCGCUCCUGCCAUCCCCACCACCGUCCGCAUCCCUAUCAUCGUCGGUCAUGUUCCACAGUCUUCCACGUCUAGCGCCCCGGCUGCUCCUCCGAAGCCCAUCGUUCUGCAUGACAACUCGCUCAUCCUCAACCCCGAGAUCUUCUCGCAUCUGACUUCAGAGCACCUCAAGGACCUCGAGGCACUCGGUGCCCAGAAGGCGCUUGAGAUCUUGCAGAGCUACAUCGUGCGCUACUACAAGGAGAAGCUCAAGGCCGAGGGUGGCCGUAGCCGUGGACGCGGCAAGCCGAAGAAGGUGAAGGUCCCACCGACUGGGGCUGGAGUAGGGAGAGGAGACGCUGCGAGCACUGGUCCGUUCACGACAGCGCCACUGCCACCACGGGCUCUCAACGCCCCGGACCAUGCAUCGCCCGACUCUGCCCCCACUGUCCCAGUGCAAGCCUCGCCUUCUGCACCUGGGCCGCCUCCUCCUGAGGCGGAGGCUGCACCGUCCCCGAUCUUGGUGAUCGACGAUGAUUCGGACGAGGGUCCAGCAGCGAAACGUCGGCGCCUCGACGAACCUCCGGUGCCUUCCUGACUUCGAAGGCGCGCAUGCGCGUUCGGGCUCGUACGUUUCCACUUUCCAUUCCCCGGAUACUGUCAGUAGGAACAUUGAGCAGUCACGCCCCCAUCCACGUUCCCGUCUGCCGUCAGACGUUUAUGUAUUGUCAUGGAUAGAGUUAUCGGUAUGGUAUUGUAUCAUUACUAGUUCUUGGCUCAUGGCCGCAAUCCAUCGACCCACGCCGAGCGCGGGUCUUGCAGUUAUCGCACGUCUGUCGACCAGCGUUCGUUCAUCUCCGCGCGCGUGAUCACUCAGAACCACACAU